AUGGCUUUUGAAGAGAUUCUGCAAACCAUUGGAGGAUUUGGAAUUUUCCAGAAGCUCAUACUUUUUGGAUUAAGUAAUCCAAAUAUGUUUUUGAAUUCUGCUCUGUGUAGUUUUCUUUUCAUCCAGUCUGAUCCAGAGCGACAUUGUAACACGGACUGGAUCCUCCAGGCUGCUCCCAACCUGACGUUGGAGGAGCAGCUGAACCUGACCGUUCCUCUGGAGCAGGAUGGUUCUUUCAGCAGGUGUCACAUGUUUGUUCCAGUGGACUGGGACAUCGGAUCCAUCAGGGACCGCGGACUCAAUGAUACCACGGUGUGCCAGAAUGGUUGGGUGUACUAUGACACGACGUACGAGUCCACCAUUGUCACUGACUUUGAUCUGGUGUGUGACAGGUCCAACGUACCUGCACUGGUGAAGACAGUUUUCAUGGCUGGUAUUCUUGUUGGUUCUUUCAUCUUUGGACCUCUUGCUGAAUCAUUUGGUCGUCUGAGAACAACGCAGAUACCUACCGUCCUCCUGAUGGUGUGCAGCUUUGUGGCCGGAGCGGCUCCAAAUAUCUACGUCUACAUUGUGGCGCAGUUCUUGGUUGCAGCUGCUCGCGCCGCAUUUAGAAUUAACUCCACUGUAUUAGCUACAGAGUGGAUAGGAGUCACCAAAAGGUCCUAUGCCUCCUGUUUGAGUCAAGUGUUUUCUGCAGUCGGACAAUGUUUCAUGGCUGGACUGGUCUACGCCAUUCGGAACUGGAGAAUAGCUCAAUACGUGCUGGGAGCAGCUUAUUGUCCUCUGGUCCUCUACAUGUGGUGGAUUCCAGAAUCUGCCAGGUGGUUGUUGAGUCAAGGAAGAAUUGAAGAAGCAAAGAUGUUGAUUAAGAGAGUUGCUUCAAUAAAUAAACAGGAAGUCCCAGAGAAUGCUUUGGACGGCAUGGGCGUUGAGGAGAAAAAAGUCAAAAGAGGAGCCAUGAAAAUCAUUUUUACCACAACAAAGCUGCUGAUUUACUUACUCAUCGUGUGUUUUGUCUGUUCUUCAGCAUUCUUAGGCUACUUUUGUAUUGCUCUCAAUGUGGGAACAUAUGGCCUUAACAUAUUCCUGGUUCAAUUCCUGUUUGGAAUCACGGAAAUACCCACACUUUUUCUCUGCAUCUGGUUUUUGGAGUUGUUGGGAAGAAAAAUGUCCCUAAUUUUAACUCCUCUGGCAGGCGGCCUGUUCUGUAUACUCACCCUGGCUUUCUUUCAAGAUGAUGCUGUUGCUAUUAUUGCUCUUUUAACAACAGGGAAGUUAUUCUUGAACUGGACUAUUUCGGUGUGUAUGGUCUACUCUCAGGAGCUGUUUCCCACUUCAGUCAGGCAAACAGCUGUUGGCUUGAUGUCCAUGGCUGCGCGGCUAGCUGCUGUCCUUUCUCCACCAAUCAACAUGUUAGCCUUGUAUCACUGGUUCUUACCCAGCAUUGUCUUCGGCACCCUUGCAAUGCUUAGCGGAGCUCUAGGUUUCUUCCUUCCUGAAACCAGGGGCAAAGACCUACCGGAUUCUACCAGUGAGGUUGCGGGCAACAGGUAUGCCAAAUAA